AUGGGUGAGCUCACAUUCUUCCUUGUGCUACAAAUUCAACAAUCCGAAGAAGGAACUUUUAUAUGUCAGACCAAAUAUACAAAAGAGCUGAUUCAAAAUUUUGGUAUGAACAAUGCAAAAUCAAUUGGCACUCUAAUGAGCCCCGCUACAAAUCUAGACAAAGAUGAACAGGGCAUCCCUGUUAGCGAAACCAAAGAUAGGGGAAUGAUUGGAUCACUGCUAUAUUUGACAGCAAGUCGUCCAUAUAUUAUGUUCAGCGUAUGUAAAUGUGCCAGGUUUCAGUCAGCUCCCAAGGAGUCACAUUUGACUGCUGUAAAGAGAAUCAUUCGUAUCUCAUUGGAACUGUAUCUUAUGGAUUGUGGUAUCCUCGCUCUAACUCUUUUAAACCUGAAGGUUUUUCAGAUGCUGAUCUUGUAG